AAGCUACGUCAUUUUCGCGCGAAAUGCUGUUGGCAUCCUGGUGUGUUGUCGGGGCGUUUUAUUGAGUCCUGUAUUUUAAAGCCGGUAGAAUAACCUGUGAAGGUGUGUAAUCGGCCUGGAUUUAGGUGUGAUUGAUUUUAUAUCGAUCACAGUUCAGUUUUAAAGUUUGACCCGAGCGCGUGCAUCAGGAUGAAAUACUUCACGAGACCGAAAAUCAAGCGGAGCUCCAGGUGGCUGGGAAAGCCUUUCCGGUUUAACCGAAAACUAAAAACAUACGAAUAUAACUCUCUGGAAAUCAGCGUGGAGGGUCUCCCACGGCCCACCAUCAUUAACGUGGGUCAGCACAUCCUCAUCGAGGGCGAGGAUGAAGAUAACCCCUAUGUGGCCAGAGUGGUGCGGCUGUUUGGUGACGAGAUCGAGCAGCAGAAGAAGGCGGUGGUUCAGUGGUUCGUCCGUGUGUCUGAGGUGCCUUUGAGCAAACUGAAGCUGCUGGGCAGAGCACCGCACCCUCAGGAGAUCUUCUUCUAUCAGGGCCGCAGCUGUGACGACGAGGUCAACACCGAGUCCAUCCUCAGAACCGUGCAGGUGAAACACCUGGAUGGAGCGGCUCCGUUCCCGGUCUCUGGCGACAGAAACACGCUGUACGUGAAGCUGUCGUGGGACUCAAAGGUGUUCAAAGCGGUCGAUCCUUCCCUCGUCGAUCCUGCUGCUCAGUCUUCCUCCCCUCCUCCCCCUCCUAAACCCUCCCUCCCCCCGUCUCCCCCUUGCUCCCCGCCUGCAGCCGCUCCGGCGUCCCGGGGACCCGUUCGCCGCGCUCUGCCCACUCCUGAUCCCGCUGUCCUGCGCAGGGCGGCAUCGGGGGAAGUGAGGUACAGCAGGGCCACGGCGAGUGCCGGGAAGGUCAGCCACACAGCCGAGGCCGAGUCGCUCCACUCGGCCACCAAACUCUCCGCCUCAAAGUGUCUGAGCGCCAAGAGGAGGGGCUCCACAGAGAGAACGCCUGGCGUCCGCAAGAAACUGGAGCUUUGCAGCCCGGAGAAGAAGUCACUAAGUCGUGAAGAUGUCCUGACUCAGCUGCUGGACGAAGAUCUGGAGUCGGAGGUGUUGUUGGCUCAGCGUUUGUCGUCCUCCCCUCCUCGGACUCUGCCUCUCACCCACCGCCUCACCCCCCUAAGGAAGUCCCGUAGAGCUGCCACGGCCGAGGACACCACCCCCGUGAAGACGGACAGUCCUCCAUCGUCUGCUACAGACGACUCCACCAGAGAGCUGCGGGGUCAGAGUCCUCAGCAGGGCGACACUAUCGAAGCAGGGUUACCGACUGACUCGGAUAAGACGCCAAGGAGAAGAAACACCACGCCGAGGGGAAAGUAUGCCACCAGGGGGCAAAAAGCCACCACUCCUUCACGGAGAAAGGAGACCAAAAUCCUGAAGGAGCCCGCUCUGGGAGCGCUGGCUGAAGCGGAUCAUGAAGACUCUCCGAUGUUACCCGUCACCACGCCGCGGAGCUCUCAGAGGAAGUCGGCCCGCCUGGUGUCGUCUCGGAUCAGGAAGCAGCUGGAUCUUCUGGGGAACCACCAAGACGUGGACUCGGACGUAGGUGAUGAAGACGAGUUUGUCCCAUCGAAGAAGGAGCUUCAGAGCAGCAGUGAGGAGGAGGAGGAGGGUGAUGAGGAGGCGGGGCUUGACAGCGAUGAGGAGGUUGUGGUGAAGAAGCGUCGACAUACCGCCGCGGGUUCUCAAACGCCUCGCUCAAAGCAGAAAACUCGAUCUUCAACCAGAACGCCUCGAAAAACCCCAAACAAGAAGGUCACACCGAGCACACCGCGGACUCCUCAUCACGCCACUCCCAGCAUCCCCAGCAGGGCGCGGCCAGCCCGACAGCCGGCCAACGUUCUGGAGGAGGCCAGGACGAGGCUGCACGUGUCCUCGGUACCGGAGUCUCUGCCCUGCAGGGAGCAGGAGUUUGAGGACAUCUACAGCUUCGUGGAGAGCAAGAUAGUCGACGGCACUGGAGGGUGUAUGUACAUCUCAGGUGUGCCGGGCACAGGGAAAACCGCCACGGUCCACGAGGUGAUGCGCUGCCUGCAGCACGCUGCCGACAUGGACGAGAUCCCUCCUUUCCAUUUCAUCGAGAUCAACGGGAUGAAGAUGACGGACCCUCACCAGGCCUAUGUACAGAUCCUGCAGAAACUGACAGGUCAGAAGGCCACAGCCGACCACGCCGCCGCUCUGCUGGAGAAGAGAUUCAGUAACCCAGCGCCAAGGAGGGAGACCACCGUGCUGCUGGUGGAUGAGCUGGAUCUGUUGUGGACCAGGAAACAGAACGUCAUGUACAACCUGUUCGACUGGCCGACGCGGCGUCACGCCCGCCUGGUGGUGCUGACCAUCGCCAACACCAUGGACCUGCCCGAGAGGAUCAUGAUCAACCGGGUGGCCAGCAGACUGGGUCUGACCAGGAUGUCGUUCCAGCCGUACAGCUUCAAGCAGCUGCAGCAGAUCAUCACAUCCAGGCUGAACAAGGUGAAGGCGUUCGAGGAGGACGCUCUGCAGCUCGUCUCCAGGAAGGUGGCCGCUCUGUCCGGCGACGCCCGACGGUGUUUGGACAUCUGCCGCAGGGCGACGGAGAUCUGCGAACACUCAUCCGCCGACCGUACUACCACGGGAUUGGUCAGCAUGAAUCACGUGAUGGAGGCGCUGAAUGAGAUGUUUUCCUCUGCGUACAUCUCUGCGAUAAAGUGUGCGUCGGUGCAGGAGCAGCUCUUCCUCAGGGCCGUCAUCGCAGAGUUUAGGAGGCUGGGAUUGGAAGAAGCCACCUUCCAGCAGGUGUUUGUGCAGCACCAGGCUCUGUGUCGGGUGGAGGGUCUGCAGCCCAUCAGUGUGUCCGAGGGCCUGGCCGUGUGUCAACGUCUCGGGGCCUGCAGGAUCCUCCUGCUGGAGCCGAGCCGCCUGGGAGUCCUGCAGCGAGUCCGGCUCAAUGUCAGCCAGGACGACGUGGUGUUUGCCCUGAAGGCUGACUGAAAGGUUCAGGAUAUUUACUGAUGGAUGGCUUUUAUUUGUACUUUUGAUAGCCUGUGUUUUACUGUUUCAAUGUCUUUGAUUGAUAUUCAAUUCUAGCCUUUUUAUUUGGGAGUAUUUCCUGUCAAAAUAAAAGCCUUGUUGGCGUUCUUUUA